AUGGCACGAUUGGACAAGGUGAAAAACAUGACAGGGCUUGUUGAGUGCUAUGGCAAGAGCAGCAAGCUAAGAGAACUUGUAAAUCUUGUUGUGGUUGGAGGUUACAUAGAUGUGAAUAAAUCCAAGGAUAAAGAAGAAUUGGCUGAGAUUGAAAAGAUGCAUGACCUUAUGAAGCAGUACAAUAUGCAUGGCCAGUUUCGAUGGAUACCUGCCCAAAUGAACCGUGUUCGUAAUGGUGAACUCUACCGUUACAUUGCUGACACAAAAGGUGCUUUUGUACAGCCAGCUCUCUAUGAAGCUUUUGGCCUCACCGUUGUGGAAGCUAUGGUCAGUGGGCUUCCUACUUUUGCCACUUGCCAUGGUGGCCCUGCUGAGAUCAUUGAGCAUGGUAUUUCAGGCUUCCAUGUUGAUCCCUAUCACCCUGAUCAGAUGGCUACACUCUUGGUCGACUUCUUUGAACAAUGCCAGAAAGACCCUAGCCACUGGAACAAUAUUUCUGAUGGAGGGCUUAAAAGAAUCUAUGAAAGGUACACAUGGAAGAUCUAUUCUGAGAGGCUACUGACACUAACUGGGGUUUAUGGCUUCUGGAAGCAUGUUUCUAAGCUUGAGAGGAGAGAAACAAGACGAUAUCUCGAGAUGUUUUACAUUCUCAAGUACCAGGAUCUGGUGAAGUCAAUUCCGCAAGCAGUUGACGAGCAACAUUGA